GCGUUGACAAGCCAUAGGCGAGGCGAUGAUCGGCUUCCUUUCCCCAUAACACUUUCGGCUUGUCGACCAACUGGGCCUAUCUCAUCUACCGUUGCUAAGCCCUACUCGGAUGAGAUGUCGCCUUCCAGUCGACCCUUCAUCUCGCUUAACGAGCGUGUCGCGUUUCUCCGUCUUCUGCUUCGCUGGCAGGGCUCAAUCUGGAAUCUUCUGCUGGUCGACUUGGUCAUUUUCCUGGUCGCCUACGUGACGAUCAGCCUCGUCUACCACUUCCUGCUGGUGCAUCACACCGUGGGCCGAGCCAUCUUCGAGGCGGUCGUCCGGCACGCCCAACGUGUUGCCUCCAUCGUUCCGGUCACCUUCUUGCUCGGCUUCUUCGUCUCCACCAUCUUGCAACGCUGGUGGAUUUUCGUGCACAAAUUGCCGUUGAUGUCGGGCCCAGCGUUUGUCAUGCACGCCUACGUAGGCAGCGAUGAACAGGCGUUGACACGUAUCGGCUUUCGCAUUCGACGCUCUCUCACACGUUACAUGAACUUGGCCUGGAUCCUGGCCAUGAUCGGGCUCAGCUGGGAGGUGAAGAAUCGCUUCAAGCCGCGUCUAACCGACGCUGAAUUGGCGGCCUCUCCUUCGGGGCUCGGAUCGAGGAGGCGCCAUGUCGGCUUGUCCUCCACGGGCGGUGGACGAGUCGUUGACAGUCUUGUCGUCAGGGGCAAAGAGAUCGACGAGGGCAAUACCCGCCUCGACACUCGCUACGGUGCUGGUGGCGACAAGGAGGCGGGACUCGGAGCCGAGGCCACGGCCGCGGCCACAGCUCAGAAGACCGGCUCCCUCAGGCGAUACGAAGCGGGUAGAACCGAACGAGCCUCGAUUACUGGCAGCGGAGCAAGCCUCCCGUUGAGCACUCCCAGCGCGAUUCGCGGCUGCAAGCCGCCCAGAGUGAGUGUGGCCCGCUGUAUGGAGUUGAUCAACGCUGAUCCUCAAGUCAGACGCCACUUUGGUCAGUUGAUCACGCAAGAGGAGAUUGAUGUUUUCGUCAAACGGGAGCACAUGAUCGGGAUAGAAACAGGAUAG